AUGGAUAAAGUGGAGCCUGAAUGUAUACUCUGUGUUUAAGAUGCUGAAAUCAUAGCAUUAGGUCACUGUAAUCAUAAGACAUUCUGUUACUAAUGUAUGAUUAAAAUGAGAGUCAUUCGCAAAAUUAAGACAUGCCCUAUUUGUAAACAAAUCUUGGAUAAAUUAAUUCUCACUGAUAACCUCUAAGCUUAAUAUAGUGAUUAUUCUAUCAAUAAUCUAAUCCCAAUCAAUUAUUCUGUAACUAUCUUCAUUUUAAACAUUUCUAGAAAGAUUCGAAAGAUGUAUUCUUUACAGAUUCAGAAUAAAUCAAGUAAAAAAUUGAGGGUUUAAACAACUUUAAAUGUCCAUUUGUAGAUUGCCAAACUGAUUAAAAAAUAAAUAACUUCAAUCAAUUGAAAUUACACUUAAAAGUCGAACAUAUGCGUUUCUAUUGGUAAGAAUAUUAAUUAUAUUUUACAAGUGAUGUAUGUAUUGAAUAGAAAACAUGUUUUUUGGGAGAAUAAUAAUUAUACUCAGAAUAUUAAGUUAGACAUCAUAUUAAUUAUGGUGAUGUUGAUGAAGAUUCAAAUAUCAUUUUUAAACAUCCAUUUUGUAAAUUUUGUAGGAAACAUUUUUAUGAUGAAGAAAAAUUUAAAGAACAUUUAAAUCUUGCCCAUAUAAAUUGUAGUUUAUGUGAAGACUAGAAAUUCACUUUUUAUAAAGAUCAUGGAAGUUAUGAAAGGCAUUUAAAGUUUUCACAUUAUUUAUGUGAGGAACCAGAAUGUAAAUAAAUGUUGGUGGUGUUUAAAACAUCAUGUGAAUUAGAUAUGCAUAAAUAAUAGAGUCAUUGCAAUGACCCAAGAAUUAAAAAAAUGUCUAAUUUAAAUUUAUAAUAAAUAGCAGGAUUUUAUGAAGAUCCAAAAUAAAAAAAAUAACUUAAUGAUAAAGAAGGAGAAGAUUUUACAGAUCAGUUUAUUUCUCUUGAAUAAACUAAAUUAAGAGCUGUAGUGUAAAUUGAUCAACACAAAGAUGAAAAUAUUGAUUUUAGAGAAUACAUGUAUGCAGACUAUAAUGAUGAAUAAGAUAAAUUAAGUGAUUAAAGUGAAAAAUUGCAUUCAUAAUAAAAUUUAUGUCUAGAGGAUUUACAAUUAAUUAAACCACAUACACUUCCUCAUAUGAAAUUUCAAUCUUUUUUAACUAAAUGCUCUUAGUUCUUUAAAGGAUAGAAAAAUAAAGAUGAAAUAUUAAGAAAAUAAAUACAGCUGGUUGAAUCAGAAAAAAUAAGUGCUGAAAAUUUUGUAAAUAGCUUUAUUAAUAUGUUUGAACCUAAAACAGGAUUAAGAUUAAUUACAUUUUAUAUGGCCAUGAAAGAUGUUAGAGAUAACAAACCAUUUUGGAAAAUUUUAGAUGAUGCAUAUCUAAAAGAAUUGAAAGCCCUACCAAGAAGAAAUAAUCCAAUAAUAAUGAUCUGUAAGACUUAUUCAGAAUUAUUUAUUAAAUUAUUGGAUGAAUUAAACAGAAAUUUAUUUAAAAGAAUUGAAGAUGGUGAUUUGGUUAAUUAUUAAGAUACUAUAAUGCCAAAAGAAAGAAUAUUUUAAUUAAUUGAGGUUCUUAGACAUGUCAAAACUUCUGAAAUGGGAAAAUUUAAAUUUGCUUUGAAUUUUGGUCUCAGCACAUAAGUACUUGAACAUAUUAAACAUAAAAUUCUUUUAGAUGAUUUUUCUAAAAUUUAAUGUAAGAUGUUUAUAUUUUAUCAAUUAGAACAUAUAUCAUCCAUAUCAAAUCAUGAUUUAGUUCCAUUUUAUCUUUAUGUAAAUUUGAGUAUGAAGAUUUUGAGAGGUGAACAAAUUCACAAAGAAAAGAAAGAUUUGAAUGAGUGUGUUUAUUAAGAAUUUUUUUAGAAUAACAAGAAGCUCUAUAGUUUAAUAAAAAAACCAGAUAAUAUUGAAGCUAAUAGACAAUAAUUUUUAUCAAAAUAACAUAAUUAGCUUAAUAGAAAUGGAAUAGAAAUGAAUCCAGCUGAUUUUCCUUCACUUUGUAAUUCUAUUUUUUAUAUUAAUAGCUAAAGCUGAAAAGUAAGAAUAAAAUGUUGAGAAACAAUCAAAUUCAAAAUAAAUUGAACUUCCUCAAUAAUAGUAUAAACAAGAAAAGAAAUCUAAAUAAAAAUAAUAAUAAAAUCAAGCAAUUGGUAAAUGGUAAACUAGUGGAGCAGCAAUUUUUUAAAAUCCAUCCAUAAUUGAAGAUUAAUUUCCAAGCCUUGCUUCUAAUAAUAGUAUAACUUUAAAUAUUUAUACUUAGCUGAAUCUCUUCAAAAAAAUGUAAAAUCUAAUUAUGGAUAAUUUUAAGAGGAUGAUAGUUUUGUUCCCUUAACUGAUAAUAAAUCUGUUCUUAAAAAUGAAGAAACAGAGUGGGAUAGUAAUCCUAUAAUACCAGUAAUUAAUAAAAUUAUUUACUAGAAAAAAAAUACAUAAAUGAAAGAAGUGGGUUAAAUAAAGAAAAAGAAUAAAACCAUACUUUAGAUUUCAGGAGGUUUUAGAUGAUUU